UUUCGGAAAGUGGCCGCGUGAGAGGGGGCCAGGAAUCAGGGAAGGGGGUUACGGGAACCCACUCACUCCAGCGGCCAGUACACGCCGCGGUCUCGUGCGGGCAGAAGCAGCGCGCGGUGGUUCGGAGACUCCUCGCGAGUGCCAGUGAAGCUAGUGGAUAUAUAGUGGUCGGCCAUGAUGGUCGGAGGAGACGUGUGGAGUCAGAUGACGGUGGAGGCGGGCCAGCUGUACCUGGGGGACAGCAAGAAGGCGCGCUCCGACAUGACCAUCGAGAAGCUGCCUGACAAGGUGCUGCUGAACAUCUUCUCGUACCUGUCGCACCGCGAGAUCUGCCGCGUGGCGCGCGUGUGCCGCAAGUGGCGGUCCAUGGCGUACGACACGCGGCUGUGGCGCUGCGUGUCCCUGCGGCCGGAGGUGUCCGGGCUGCACGUGGGGUCCCUGGAGACCCUGCUGGGGCUCAUCAGCACGCGCUUCGGGCCUUCGCUGCGCUACAUCGAGCUGCCCAUAGAGCUGAUCACGCACACGGUGCUGCACGAGCUGGCCAACAAGUGUGCCAACCUCACGCACAUGCUGCUCGACUUCUCCACCGCCAUGCAGCUGCACGACUUCAGCGAGAUGCAGGCAUUCCCCACAAAGCUCCGAUACAUGUGCAUUUGCCUGUCGGAGGUGAUAUUCAUGGAAGGCUUCAUGAGGAAGAUAUACAACUUCAUAAACGGCCUGGAGAUACUUCAUUUGAUAGGGACGUACGAGAAGGUGGAGGAGGAAGAGGAGGAGAUAUACGAGGUGAUAAACGUGCACAAGCUGAAGCAGGCGACGCCAAACCUGCGGGUCAUCAACCUGUACGGCAUCAACUUCGUGGACGACAGCCACAUCGAGGCCUUCAGCUCCAACUGCAUCCAGCUGGAGUGCCUGGCCGUCGACUUCUGCUCCAAGGUCACCGGCUCCAGCAUGAAGACCUUGUUCCAGCGCAGCAGGAGGCUCCGGUGUCUCCUCAUGAACGGGACAAGCCUGAGGAGCGAGCACGUGAUGCAGGUGGACUGGGAGAAGACCAGCCUCCAGGAGCUGGACGUGACGGGGACUGACCUGUCCACCGAGUGCCUGGUGGACAUGCUCACCAGGAUCCCGGGGCUGCGCUUCCUGUCGGCCGGACAGCUCAACGGCUUCAACGACUCGGUGCUGAAGGCGUUCGUGGAGAUGGGCAACCCACGCAACCUGAUCGCGCUGGACCUGGACAGCUCGGACAACCUGACGGACGACGGACUGCACAAGUUCCUGUCGCGCUACGGACACCAGCUGUGGGGGCUGGCGCUGUCAGGCAUGCCGCACAUCACCGACCAGCUGUGGCAGUCCGUGCUGCCCAUCCUCAACAACGCCAAGAUCGUGGUGAUGGGCACCCAGGAGAGGCUGGGCGUGAACAUCCACGUGGACCAGCUGAUGGACGGCAUCGCCAACAACUGCCCCAACCUGGAGCGCCUGGAGCUGCGCUGGGACCCGGAGAACCUGCGCUUCUCCGACAAGAGCCAGAAGGCCAUCGACAUCCUGCGGGUCAAGUGCCUCAAGCUGCGCUGCCUCGUGCUCAGCGAUGGUCGCUACUACGAGAUCGUGAAGGCCAACUUCGAGCGAGCGGAUCGCAACACGGUGGUGCGCACCACGACCAACUGCCGCGUCUCCAACUACUACCUGCUGAACAACUACAAGGACCUGGUCUUCAACUGAACCUCCCGCGGACCCCACGCAAUCCCCGGACCACCGCUGCCCCCUCGAACCCUCGGGCCCGCGUCGGACUGCAUUCCGCGCACUUCCACGGUCACGCGCAUUCAGGCAGUUUGGAAAACUCACGCAUUGCCGUGUGUAACACCCGGAAAUGUUCCUCAAUACCAAGAACUGUUCCUAAAAAAAUAAUAAUUAAAAAAACAUUUGUACAAAAUAUGUUAUUCAUAAGAUGAUGCUAAAUUAAAUAACAUUUUUACACUUAA